AUGUCAUAUGAUAAAAGUGUUGAAGUUUGGCUCCUGAUAGGUUUAAAUUGUAUUCGUGCCAUCAAACCGAGGGAGUUAAUUCCUGGGAAAGAUGACGAGCCUUAUGCAAAGAGAACUUUGCUUGGUUGGAGUAUAAUAGGGAGAGUCAAUGGCUAUGCAGAAGAGGCACCAUGCCAGGGUCUAAACUUCAAUGAUGGAAGAGUAUGGUAUAUACCACAUCAUGGUGUGUAUCAUCCAAAGAAACCUGACAAAAUUAGAGUAGUUUUCGAUUGCAGUGCUGUGUAUAAGAGUGAAUCACUUAAUAAGAAUCUCUUACAAGGUCCGGAUCUGACAAAUAACUUAAUUGGGGUAUUGUGCAGAUUUAGAAAGGAACAUGUAGCAAUUGCAUGUGAUAUAGAAGCAAUGUUCCACCAAGUAAAGGUAAAGCCUGAUCACAGAGACCUACUCCGCUUUCUGUGGUGGGAAAAUGGAGAUCCUGAUUCAACAAUCAAAGAAUAUAGAAUGACAGUGCAUUUAUUUGGGGCUACAUCUUCUCCAAGUGUAGCAAGUUUUGCACUGAAAGCUGCUGCUGAUGAUUAUGCAGGGCAAUGUGGAAUUUAUGUAGAUGAUGGUUUAACAUCUUUACCUACAACCGUAGAAGUCCUAUCUUUAAUCAGGAAUAGUAAAGCAUUAUGCUCGAAGGGUGGCUUUAAAUUACACAAGUUCUUGUCAAAUAAGAAAGAAGUUCUAGAAGCAAUAAGCUUAGAGGAAAAGGUUAAAAGUUUAAAGAAUUUAGACCUCUCUAGUGAAGCCUUACCAAUAGAGAGAACUUUAGGAGUAGAAUGGUGCAUUGAAUCAGACACUUUCCAGGUCAGAAUUAGUAUUAAUGACAAACCAAUAACUAGAAGAGGUAUAUUGUCAACAGUGAGUUCUGUUUUUGAUCCUAUGGGUAUGGUCUCACCCUUUAUAUUGAUUGGUAAAAGAAUACUUCAAACCUUGUGUCAAGAUGGAGUAGACUGGGAUGAUGACAUAUCAGAUGACUUGAAACAACAAUGGAGAAGAUGGAGAGAUGAUUUGAUUCAGUUGAAAGAGUUAAAGAUUCCUAGAUGCUACAAGCCUGACGAAUUUAGAAAGGUCAAAUCAAUUGAACUGCAUCAUUUCUCUGAUGCUAGCCAGAAUGGUUAUGGACAGUGCUCUUAUUUAAGGCAAGUAAGUGAGCAGGGACAAGUUCAUUGUGCCCUUGUCAUGUCAAAGUCUAGAGUGACACCAUUGAAGCCUAUAACUGUUCCUACGUUAGAACUAACAGCUGCAGUUGUAGCCGUUCGAAUUAGUUCUAUGUUAAAGAGAGAGUUAGGUUACCAGGAACUAAAGGAAUUCUUUUGGACUGAUAGCAAAGUCGUACUUGGCUACAUUUCAAACGAAGCAAAGAGAUUCCAUGUGUUUGUUGCUAACCGAGUGCAGCAUAUUAAAGACCACUCCUCUAUGGAACAAUGGAAAUUUAUUGAGUCAGCUCAAAAUCCUGCUGACGCUACUUCACUUGGAUUUUAUGUAAAGCAACUGAUUGAACAUUCUCUAUGGUGGAAUGGACCAAACUUCCUCUGGGAACCUGACUAUAAUGCUAAUCCAGCAUUUGUAAAUGUAAAUGUACAAGAGAAUGAUCCAGAGGUCAAGAAAAUUUCGUCAUAUAAGACCCAAACCAAAGAGAGCACUUCAAUUCUUCCAAGACUAGCAUAUUUUUCUGAUUGGCACAGGGCAAAGAAGGCUGUUGCAUUAUGUUUACGCCUUCAAUGUAGAUUCAAGAACCCUGGGAGAGCAACAGUCAACAAAGAACUGACUGAAAACAAAGAAUCCCAAUACACGUCACCUAGUGAACAGAACUUGUGGAAGCUGAAAAUGAAAUCAUAAGGCAAGUCCAAAAUGAAGCUUUCUAAAAGGUGAAACAAGAUUUACAAUGUGCAAACAACGACCAAAGAGAUCGCUUCAGUGCAGGAACAAGUGGCCUUCAGUUAUUAAAAAUGUUAAGGUAAAUGAUAUUGUCAUUGUAAAGGAACAAAAUUUACCAAGGAAUUCUUGGAAACUUUGUUGUGUAUCUGAGGUUAUGCCAAGCAAAGAUGGUCUUGUAAGAAAGGCUGAUUCCUCGCUUGACGCAUUUGGAAGACGAACGAAAGCAGUCGUUAACCUUGAAAGACCAAUCCACAAACUCAUAUUGUUAGUUGAAUCAUAGUGGAAGUGGGGUGUCCCCGCCAAAGAGCCUAUUUAAAUAUCAAAAUUGUGCCAACAAUUUAUAGUUCCUCAGUAGUAUAGAUAUUAAUUCCACAUUUUGCUCAUUUAAGUACAAUGUAACUAGAGUUUAAGGUAAAUUGUUUAUACAAUUUAGGGGAGCCAUGUUACUGCAGGGACAAAAUGUGUACUUAGUUAAAACAAUCAGUUCCUAUGCUUUGUGAUAUUACUAACAUAAGAUAAGUAUGAAAUAGAUAAGUAUACCCUCAUAUCGGUUCUAAAGUGUACGACAUCUAUAGGGAAUUUGCAUAACUAAUAUGGGAAAUCAUUGGGAGCCAUUUUGUUACUCAGAGAAGCCAAGUGAGGUGUCUGAGGUAAUAUAUCUGUAUAUAUAUGUAAUCUGAUGAUAUAUUUUAUAUUAGUAUAAGCAAAUGAUAUAUUGUGAUAUAAAGACGUAUUUGAAUGAGAUUGUAAUGUGAUUAUUGAUAUAUAUUGUGUGAAAUAAGGGUUAUAUGUAAAGCAUGUAUUAGUUAGAGAUUUGUUAAUUUCAGUUUAACGUAAACAAUUGGGAAGUAAUUGGGAUAAAAUGGAUGGUAAUGAAUUGCAUGUAAAGAGAAGAAAUCAAGAUGUAUCCAAGAUGCAAUAAAGUGCCAUAAAAAUCACCCAAGCGUUUCCAGUGAAACCCACCGGUCCUUGGCUCUCUGCGACAGUUAAACUCAAAGCCUCCUCAGAACAGCAGUUAAAAAUUCAAGAUAUGUAUGCAGAAUAACAGUCUCAAGAUUUUCUGCAUCUACUAGACUCAAGACCUCCUGUAUGCAGCAGUUAUACAAGUUAGUGAGGAUGCUCAUGAGAAUUGGAUUCACAUCUAUCAACCCAUCUUGCAAAAUAGUUCAAGGUCAAGAAGGAUAGAAGAACGGUGUGAAUGUUCGUGAGAAUAUAAAUGCCUUUAACUUAUUAAUGGAAGUAGAUCCAAGUUCUCAGGAUGAAUUGUUACAGGAGUUAAAAAUUGAGACUGAGGAGCACAAUAACUGUAUGCAUAACAUUGAGAGUAAAAUGCAUGAGUUAAAACAAGAAACAAAUUCAGUAAAUUCACAAAAGAGUAGAUCAUCAAAGCAUUCCCAUUCUACAAAGAGAUCUAUGCUUAAUGUUACACAGAAUAAAAGGUUACAGGCAGAAUUAGCUAAGCUACAAAUUGAGCUAAAGCUUAAUGAAAGGGAAACAGAGUAUCAAAUGAUCUAAGAAAAAGUAAGAGGAUCAUGAAAGAAAAAUAAUAUGAGUACAAAAGAUUUCUUGCUAUGAGAAAUAGGCUUGCAUCUCAAGAAGAAAUAAAGAAAGCCAGUCUAGAAGACAUCCAGUUAGAAUUGUCUAAAAGUAAAGAUUUAGAUGAUAGUAAAGAACUUUAUCUUCAAAAAUAUUUUGAAUCUAUUGAUAAAUUUACAGAGAUUGAGAAAGUAAAUCCUAAUUUACCAAAACAAGAAAUGGCUGCUAAGGAUGUAUCAGGUAUGGGUGAAUUAGAGAUAGAGAGAGGUCCAAAUUAGAGAAUACUUUCUUAAAAGCAAGCCCAGAGCUUAAGCCACAAGCUAAGAGUUUUGAGCCAAAAAGAGAGUUUAAAGAUUUUAAUGCAUAAUUUGGGCAAGAUAGAUCAAGUCAAGUUAUAGACAUUAAUGUAUUUAAAGAUGUGGUAAAUAUUUUAUCCUCUAAAAGUAAAAGUGAAUUGCCUAAGCCAGAACCAGAAAUUUUCAGUGGAGAUUUAUUGGAGUUUCCAACCUGGCUUCAAACCUUUGAUAUUAUUAUAGAGUCAAGA